AUGCAUUUCAUGUCUGCCAUCGUGUGUUUUGCUACAGUCAGCGCUGUCGCCGCGAUCCCAACUGGUGGGACCGAAUCCCAGUGUACCACGUCCCAGGCCAAUAAAUGCUGUUCUAGUCUCACGAAUGGUAUCUUGAACAUCAACAUUCUGCCUGCACUGUGUGUUCCUUUGCUUGGUGCCUGCAAUAAUCAGGCAGCAUGCUGCGAAUCCAACGGAAUUGGGCUUUUGAACUGCCUGACUGUGCAGGUUUAA